GCACAGGCGCCACAAGCACAUUGGACCCGGUGUUUACACAAACUCUGAAUUAAUUUUUUAACUUGUUAAAAAACCUCAUUGAACUCUCAUUUUGGGGUGCUGUCUUGAAAUGCAGAAGCUAGGAACCACUUAUUUGGAUGUUGCGCUUCGAGGCUCAAGGGGAAUCAGUACUAGCCAAAUUCGAAUGAAUGGAAAAUCAAACAGUUUGUUUUUGAAGUCGACAAAGAGGAAAAAGUCGUCUCACGAGUGGCUUCAGAGGCAGCUAAAUGAUCCUUAUGUUAAGUGGGCCAGGGUGGAGCAGUACAGAUGCAGAAGCGCUUUUAAAUUAUUGGAGAUUGACGACAAGCACAAGAUUUUGUCACCUGGCAUGAACGUCGUCGACUGCGGUGCAGCUCCAGGAAGCUGGACCCAAGUACUAGUUAAACGAUGCAACCCAGCGAUAAAUAAUGAUCCGAGCCAACCAGCAGGAACCAUAAUUUCAUUGGACAUUCAAGAUUUUUUGCCAGUUGAAGGCGCUCAUAUUUUACCAAAGAGCGAUAUCACCGCAAAGGAAACUCAGGACGCUGUCUUAAAUCUUUUGCAAUCUACAGAUGGAGUUGAUGCCGUUGUCAGUGAUAUGGCCCCUUCUCCGAGUGGAUUCCAGGAAAUGGAUCACGAGAACAUCGUAAAAUUGUCCUACACGGCACUACGAUUCAGUCUGAAAACUAGCAAAAUCGGAGGAACAUUUCUGACCAAAAUAUGGGACGGACGUUUAAGGCAAAAAAUGGAAGACGAUUUAAAGCGUUACUAUGGUCGUGUCCAAGUAGUCAAGCCUAAAUCUAGUAGAUCAGAUAGCGCAGAGGUAUUUUUGUUAGCUCGUGACUUUAAGGGUUUAAAAGCAUGAAAACUUUGAUUGAAAUAAAAUCUGCAAAAGCCUCGGUUUGUA